AUGGCUGAUGAACUUGAUUCAAGUUUCUAUGAAGUUCAGUCAAUUUUAACUAAAGAUCUGAACAUAAAACGAGUGUCCACAAAAUUCAUUGCAAAAGUGUUGUUAAGUGACCAGAGACAGUACCGACUUGAAGUGAGCCAAGAACUGGUUACCCGAACUAAAAAUGACCCAGAUUUGUUAAACAGGGAAAGUCUGUCGAAGGCUAGCAUACCAGAUCAAAAAUUACCAACAAAGAAAGAGGAAACCUCAAUAUGUCACACCUUAAAUGGCCAGACCCUUCUUGAAUUCUCUCGAUUUCAAGAAAUGGAAGGGCAAGGAGCUGGCCCAGAACUGCGGGUGAAGGCUGCUGCUCUGUGGGUCCGCGUCGCCUUCCGCCCUUCGCUCCCUAAGGACCUGAGGAGCAUCCCUGACAAGAACCUUACGCUCUGGCUGUUCAAAGUAACCAAGCCGGCCACUGUAUCUUUUACCAAUGACACGCACCUGAGUGGUAAGGAGUUCGAUGACUACACAGAAAUGGCAGCAUCCUUACCUGUCACACUAUCAGGACUGGGAUGGCUGAAAUUUGAUCUCACAUCAACAGUGCAGAACUGGUAUGCUGCUAGACAUGCUCCAAGAGAACGUCUGCGCCUUCUGGUAGACUGUUCUGGUUGUUCUUAUAUGGUGGAAGCCAUCCUCAGUCUGGGUCUAUCCAAUGAUGCCCAGCGUCCAUUUCUAGUAGUCCACACAGAUCCAACUGCCAUUAGACGUGUCAGAAGAAGAGCAUUGGAUUGCACUGACGGAGACAAAGGUCCUUGCUGCAAAAACAAAUUUUACGUUAAUUUUACAGAAAUCGGAUGGGAAGACUGGAUUAUAGCACCUAGUGGUUACUACGCAAAUUACUGUCGUGGUGAUUGUGGUGGACCUCACAGAACGCCAGAUUCCUACGUGAACUUCCAUACACCUCCACUGGAGGAGUAUAGAAAGAUGGACAGCCUACCAGGUUUACAACCUUGUUGUGCUCCACUCAAGUUCUCAUCAAUGUCUUUAAUUUAUUGGGGUCUAGACAACAAAAUAAUAAAGAGAGAUCUCCCGAAAAUGGUUGUUGAUGAGUGUGGUUGUCCUUAGAAUAAAAACAUUCCUCCCUCAUUGUGUGUCUAUAUAUUUCCAAAAAACAUUCCAUAAACUCAUUUCAUUUAUUGUCAUUUACAUCCAUUCAAACUUCAUAUCAUCAAUUUGAAUUUCACAGCUUUUAUUAUGACUAGACUGUUUUAUUGGAAACUAGCAUGUCAAUGGAGGAAACACACAGAAUCGAAGACUGACUGAUAUUUGACUGGGUGACACUUACAUUCUUAUCUUUUCAGCUCUUAUGCUGCCUAAUGUUUAGUAAUAUAAGUAUUAAUUUGUUACAAAUUUUGGUAAAUAUGUAGGUCAUUCAACCUAAUAAAAUUAUUAAG